UUGUAUAAUUUUCUUAUUUUAAUAUUUCUUAUCAGUUAUCUUAUUUGUAGGUAUAUCUAAUGCUGUAAAUAUAUAGCGAACAGCGUAAUUUAAUUAUAAUAAUUUGAAUAACAUAUGGUGAUAAGUGAUUUCGUAAAAUCUUAAAGUAAUUGUUAUCUCGUUUAAUAAGAUGUCUCAACUGGGCCCUAAACGAUUAAGUCUAUUACAGGAACACCCAAGAAAUCUCAUACCAGAGCUAUGCUCCCAAUUCUACCACUUAGGAUGGGUUACAGGAACAGGAGGUGGAAUUUCUAUUAAAGAAGGGGAUAAAAUAUACAUUGCACCAUCAGGAGUGCAAAAGGAAAGAAUGAAACCUGAUGACCUUUUUGUGCAAACCAUCACGGAUGAAGAUUUAGAGCUGCCACCUCCAGAAAAGAAAUUAAAGAAAAGUCAAUGUACGCCACUAUUCAUGCUAGCAUACCGCAACCGUGGGGCAGGGGCUGUAAUCCAUACACAUUCACCACACGCAGUUAGAUGCACACUUUUGUAUGACAAGGAGUUUGUUAUUACUCAUCAGGAAAUGAUUAAGGGUAUAAAAGACGCCAAACUGGGACGCUACCUAUGCUUCGAUGAGAAACUCGUAGUUCCUAUUAUAGAGAAUACUCCUUUUGAAAAAGAUCUUGCAGGCAGUCUAGGAGAGGCGUUAGAAAAAUAUCCUGGAACUAGUGCAGUUCUUGUUAGACGACAUGGCGUCUAUGUGUGGGGUGAUACAUGGCAACAAGCAAAGACCAUGACUGAAUGCUAUGACUAUUUAUUUGAAAUGGCAGUAGAAAUGAAGAAAUUAGGAUUAGAUCCAGCUUUCAAUCCUGAAACGGGAAAAGUAGAAAACGGAUCAAGUUAAGAAAUUUAAUUUACAAGAAAGGUACAUAUUUUAGAAACAUAGUUUAUAGGUACAUUGUUAAA